AUGAACGAGCCUGCUCCAACUACUUCCUCGUCGAGUUCCUCUUCGACAUCCGUUGCUGCCUCUACCUCGGUCAAGCCUACGUUGUCUUCUUCCUCAAAGCCUGUAGUCACAACUCCCUCUACCACCAUCAAGCGGUCAACAUCGACUACCGCCCCGCCUAUGACAACGAAGCCCUCUAAUGGAGUCGACACACCAUCUCCGCUGCAACCCAGUGUCGCUACUAACUGUGAUUCUUUCUACUAUGUUAAGAGCGACAAUAGCUGUGAGAACAUUGCCAAAUUUAACGGCAUCUCCACUGCCCGGUUCCUCUCCUGGAACCCGAGUGCUGGCUCCGACUGUACCGGGCUCUGGGUUAAUGCAUACGCAUGCAUUAGCAUCAUCGGCCACACACCUACUUCUGUAGCUCCCAUGACGACCACAACUGGUAAUGGUAUCGCAACUUCGCCCUCCAUUCAGUAUGGCAUGGUCCGUAACUGCGACAGCUUCUACAUGGUAAAAUCAGGUGACACUUGUGACAAAAUUUCCUCCAGCAAUAGCAUCACUUCGGCUCAGCUCAUCUCCUGGAAUCCGACUGUUGGCUCAAGCUGUGGUAGCUUUACGUUUGCAUUUCUAUCGUCAGACACACACCCAACUACUACCAAGGCUCCAGUCACCACAACAAAGCCUGGAAACGGCCUUACCACGCCUGCACCGUAUCGGACUGGUAUGAAGACGAGCUGCAAGAUCUUUCACUUUGUUGCAAGUGGAGAGACUUGCGCAACUAUCUCUGCGAAGUACAAAAUCACUACAGCAAACUUUGCUAAAUGGAAUCCAGCGGUUGGUAGCACGUAUGCUGGCUUGUGGGCUAGCACAUAUGCGUGCGUAGCUGUGCUAUAA